AUGACCAGUAUGGAGUCCUCACUGUUCACAACCUUAGGCCCCCACUCAGAUCCUGACGACAGUGAGGUGGAGCUGGACUGCCGGUUUAAUGAGGAGUUCAAGUUUAUCCUGCUGCCCGUGAGCUAUGCAGUUGUCUUUGUGCUGGGCCUAGGCCUCAAUGCCCUGACCAUCUGGCUCUUCCUCUUUCGCCUCCGACCGUGGGAUGCGACAGCCACCUACAUGUUCCACUUAGCUUUGUCAGAUACUUUGUACGUCCUGUCGCUGCCCACCCUCGUCUACUAUUACGCAGCUCGCAACCACUGGCCCUUUGGCACUGGGUUUUGCAAGUUCAUCCGCUUUCUCUUCUAUUGGAACCUCUACUGCAGCGUCCUUUUCCUCACCUGCAUCAGCGUACACCGCUACCUGGGCAUCUGCCACCCGCUGCGGGCUCUGCGCUGGGUCCGCCCGCGCCUUGCUGGCCUUCUCUGCCUGGCAGUUUGGUUGGUCGUAGCUGGCUGCCUCGUGCCCAACUUGUUCUUUGUCACCACCAGCCCUAAGGGGGACAUCAUCUUGUGCCACGACACCACCCGGCCUGAGGAGUUUGACCACUACGUGCACUUCAGUUCGGCAAUCAUGGGGCUGCUCUUUGGCGUGCCCUUCCUGGUCACUCUUGUCUGCUAUGGGCUCAUGGCCCGGUGCCUGUAUCGGCCCUUGCCAGGGGCUGCGCAAUCAUCUUCCCGUCUGCGCUCGCUGCGCACCAUCGCUGUGGUAUUGACUGUCUUUGCCGUCUGCUUCGUGCCUUUCCACAUCACCCGCACCGUUUAUUACAUGGCAAGGCUGUUGGAAGCUGACUGCUGGGUGCUGAACAUCGUCAACGUGGUCUACAAAGUGACUCGGCCUCUGGCCAGUGCCAAUAGCUGCCUGGAUCCUGUGCUCUAUUUGCUCACUGGGGACAAGUAUCGACGUCAGCUCCGGCAGCUCUGCAGGGGUGGCAGGCCCCGGCUCCCCACGGCUGCCUCCUCUCUGGCGCUGGUGUCCCUGCCUGAGGACAGCAGCUGCAGGUGGACAGCUACCCCUCAGGAUGGCGGCUUGGGCAGAUAGAUUGUAACGGAAGCCGGGAAGUGAGAGAAAGGAGGACUUCCCUGGUGGUGCAGCGGUUAAGAAUCCACCUACCAACGCAGGGGACACGGGUUUGAGCCCUGGUCACGGAAGAUCCCACAUGCCGUGGAGCAACU